AUGGAUUCUGCAAUGGCUGCGCUGGAGAAACACUUUGUGCCUAAAGUCAACGUCGUAGCAUGCAGACACACGUUCAGACAACGUGUUCAGCGCUCGGACGAGACAGCAAUACAGUACGUAGCCGCGCUAAGGGACCUGGCUGCGUCAUGUGCAUUUGAAACUACAACUACUGAACAAGACAGUACUGUGCCAGCAACUUUCUACAUUGUGGAAGCCGGAUCUCCCCUGCUGGGCUUGGAUUUGAUUAAAGCCCUGGGGGUCAGCAUCAUUGACGGCAAAGUGAUCCUCAACACGGACUGUGCAAACACGCCACCUGCUGGGGAGCCUGAAGGUGCAGUGCACAACAUUGACUCUACUCCAGUUCAAACACUCGGGUGUGUCAAAGGAUUUAUUCAUAAAGUACAAGUCAACAAUGCAGUGCGUCCAGUGCGCCAAAAACUACGACGUCUGCCGCUCAGUAUACGCAAAGAGGUCUCUACAGAACUUACCCGACUACUUCAAGCAGGCAUCAUUGAAAGAAUUGAUGCAUCUGAAUGGGUGAGUCCCCUUGUGGCGGGAAGAAAACGGCAAGGGGCUCUGCGCCUAUGUGUCGACUUGCGUGAACCAAAUAAAAGUGUCGUCAUGGACUGCUACCCGCUUCCUCACAUGGAGGACCUGUUCGCUGAACUGUCUGGUGCUACAUACUACAGCCAGAUCGAUUUAAGCUCAGCCUACCACCAGUUGCCUCUACACCCAGAGAGCCGCAAACUGACUGCCUUUAUAACCCAUGACGGCUUAUUCCAGUUCACUCGAGUCCCCUUUGGCCUUGCUUCCGCUCCAUCUGCAUUCCAAAAAAUUAUGGAGACAAUACUGAAGGACUUACCGGGUGUACAGAACUACCUGGACAACAUCAUUAUCUAUGGAGCUUCAAGAGAGGAACACGAUCUGCGCCUACAAGCAGUCCUCAACCGCCUAAGUGAGGCCAGCCUACAGAUCAACUUUGGGAAGAGCGCCUUCGCAAAAACACAGAUUACAUUCCUGGGCCAUGUCAUUUCCAAAGAAGGCUUGCGCCCGAGCACAGACCACCUUACUGCUAUCGCUGAAGCACCUGCACCAAGAGACAUGCCAGCGCUGCGCUCAUUCUUAGGUCUGACUUCAUGGUUUAGCAAGUUUGUCCCUAACUAUGCUACACUUGUUGAACCCCUGCGACUACUGCUCAAGACUAGCCCGCAGGCUAAACUACACUGGGACAAUGUUGCGAAUGAAUGCUUCACAAAGCUGAAACGGCUACUACUGGACAGUCCUGCUCUUGCCAUGUUCAAUCCAAAACUGUCAGCUGUCAUCACAACAGAUGCUUCUGACUAUGGCUUAGGAGCUGUCCUGACGCAGAUUCACUCAGACAAUACAGAGCGCAUCGUGGCUUUUGCUUCACGCACACUGACGCCUGCUGAGAGGAAGUACUCCACUACGGAAAAGGAGGCCCUCGCAUGCGUGUGGGCUGUCGAGAGAUGGAGGACAUACGUCUGCGGACGCAGAUUCACACUCCGCACAGAUCAUCAGGCCCUGACUACGCUCCUCAACACCAAAGUAUGCCAGUCCUGUGACAAGACUGCCAAAGUGUCACCUGCUCCGCUACAACCUGUAGAGUUUCCUGAAGGCCCCUUCCAGCAUGUGGCUGUGGACAUAGUCGGUCCUUUCGAACGUGGACCUCAGGACUGUAGGUUCAACAGAGUGCUCAAAGACUGUAUCCAGGGAGCACAGGCUGUGCAAAAGCCAUGGAAGCCAACAGUAACUGCCAUGCUCCAAAGCUACAGAGCCACACCCCAUGCUACAACGAACGAGUCUCCAUUCCUGCUGCUCAGAGGACGACCUAUGAGAACCAAGCUCCACAUUCUGCCACAACGUGAUGACACCGGACGUUACGACAAAGUGAGAUCCAGAGUCGCUCUGCAGCAAGCCAAAAAGUACCCUGCGCAUCACCGCGGGGAAGACAGGAAACAGGAGCAGACCUACGGGAAACCAAACACGCGGCUCGCACGUUACAUGAGGUCAGGAAGGGGGUGUCGGCUUAUGCUAAGCAAGAGAGGGUAA